AUGAAGCCUAAUUCGGCUUUGCGGAGUGUUGUGCGAAUAAGUUUAAAAAACAAAAAAGAAGUUACUGCUUAUGUGCCAGGUGAAGGUCACAAUUUGCAAGAGUAUCAGUCAGUGCUGAUUGCGGGCGGUGGAGCCCAAGAUUUGCCAGGA